AUGCAACGCUGCCUGUCCUGCACCAUCCUCACUAUCAUUACGGCUGAGCUCACUGCUGCCGCUACUGAGUCAGUCCACAGGGGGAACCAAAUGAGCCUGCUGCAGAGCCCCUGGAUGGAGAUUCUUAUCCUGGGCAUUGUGUACCACUCAAUGCCUUAUGAUGACAAGCUAGUGUACCCUGAGGACUACAUCAUGGAUGAGGAGCGUUCCCAUCUGGUGGGGCUGCUCCAGCUCUACUGGGUCAUCCUGCAGCUGGUGCGCAGGUACGAGAAGAUCAAGGUGGAGGAGGAGAAGUUUGAGACUCUCAAGGCCCUGGUCCUAGCCAACUCAGAUUCCAUGUACAUUGAUGACCUGGAGGCUAUCCAGAAGCUGCAGGACCUGCUGCACCAGCCGCUGCAGGACCACGAGCAGAGUCAGUGCCACGAGGAGCUGCGGAGGAUGGGCAAGCUGCUGUUGACACUGCCCCUGCUGCUGCAGAUGGUGGCCAAGGCCUUGCAGCACUUCUACAGCGUCAAACUGCAAGGCAAGGUGCCCAUGCACAAAUUCGUCCUGGAAAUGCUGGAGGCCAAGGCCUGA